AAGUACGCAAUGCGUUACGUCACAGAGUGGGAGGAAACAGUGAAAUCCACACACAGCUAAGAUGGCGGAGGAGCAGCAAGAAUCGCCGCAAGGAGAGAUGGAGGAGAAAGACCACACCUGUGUACUUUCAAACGCAGAGGAAAAAGGAGUGAACUGCCUCGCGGAUGAUGAGGCCAUUAUUGCUCAACAAGACAGAAUUCAACAAGAGAUUGCCAACAGAAAUCCUCUAGUGUCAGACAGACAGUUUCUGACGGUGCUUCAAGGAGAGUAUGCUGCGGAUGACACAGUUUAUCAGCGCAAGAUCAAGGACCUACACAAAAAAUACUCGUACAUUCGUAAGACGAGACCAGAUGGCAAUUGUUUCUACAGAGCUUUCGGUUUCGCACAUCUCGAGUCCUUGCUAGAUGACAGCAAAGAGCUACAGAAGUUCAAAGCACUUGCAGCUAAGAGUAAACUGGACCUUGUUAAUGAAGGAUUCAUUGAGUUCACCAUUGAAGACUUCCACAACACGCUCAUGGACUUGAUUGAACUGUGUGAGAAGCAGCCGAGUCUUCAGGAGCUGCUGAGCUCCUUCAACGACCAGUCCGUGUCAGACUAUGCUGUCGUCUACCUGCGGCUGCUCACCUCAGGCCACCUGCAGCGAAAGCACGAAUUCUUUCAGAAUUUCAUCGAGGGAGGUCGAUCCGUUAAGGAGUUCUGUCAACAGGACGUGGAGCCUAUGUGUAAAGAAAGUGACCACAUUCACAUCAUCGCCUUAGCACAGGCCCUGAAUGUAUCCAUCCUGGUGGAGUACAUGGACAGAGGAGAGGGAGGAACUGUCAAUCACCACAUCUUCCCUGAAGGAGGCGACCCUCGCAUCUUCCUCCUGUACAGACCCGGCCAUUAUGACAUCUUGUACAAAUAGCACACUCCAGUCACACACACACACACACACACACACACACACACACACACACACACACACACACACACUCAUCAUAGUCAUGCUCCUCCAGCUGUGUUUGGCAGUGGCAGGUGCUUGGAAAACUUCAACAGCCACAAUGAAGAGACGUACAUCAGUGGAAGAGAUUACACUCAUGUGAUUGAAUCAAUAAAUAAAAGAUAAUUCACCACACAUGCCCGAUACUCGAUUCCCCCUCGACUGUCACGAAAUGGUUAAGUCAAGAAUCUUAGAAGUGACUCCUCACAUUUAGAGUUGUACAGUUUUUUUUUCUUUUGUGGUUGUAAAUGUUAUCUACUUGCAUUAUGAUGAUGGAUUUGUUUCCUUUGUUACACUGCGUUCAUUGAGUUUUAUUAAAGGGAUUUACAUCUUAACCGGGUUGGAUCUUGGUUUUUCAAAUGGCCAAAGUGUAAACAUUCAAGGAGUCAUUUGAGAGAUAAAAGAUUUCUCAAGCAAAAUUGUGAAUGUUAAUGUUGCCAGUUGCAUUUUCAGUUAUUUCGAACAAUAGUAUAUAAAGUAUGAGCAUGACACCAUACACUACUCUUUAAAAUUUGGAUCGGAGGUUUUUUUUUCCCUUUUUAAGGCCUUUUUUCAUGCAAUAGUCACACUGUAAUGUUUUCUCCGAACACAGGUUUCGAAAUCGAAAUCAGCUUUGCAGGCAGACAAAAAACGUGAAACAGAAGAAUAUGUGCACCGGUGCUAUGAAGGAAAUGUAAUAAAUACGUUGCAAUGUGAAUUGAA